GUGCUGUCAGUAAAAUCGCAAAACAGUUUGCAACAUUUGCUUUUCUCAGCUCGUCGAAACAAUAAAAGCCGAGUAAUUUUAACAAUCUAUUACUACAAAGUAAUCAGACUAGAGACACUGUUGCAAUUAUCAUUGUACUAUUUCCUUUUUCUGAUCUUGCAAAAUCUGAAAUUUAAACUGUCCGGAAAUUCUUUUCGUUAAGUAAAACGUAUUUUCACGAUGAUCCACGUUUCUCAGCGAUUUAUUUUCGCCGUUAUAAUAUAUGCAGCUGCAACCAGCGCAGAACCUGUUGAAGAUAAUAUCACAGACAGCAUUUUUCUGCGUCUUUAUGCCGGAUCUCUAGAUGAAUAUAUUGAUUAUUCACUGGAAAAUGAUACAAUCCUAUCUAAGCUAAUCGACGGCAAACCAACAGUGCUAUAUAUUCAUGGCUUUAUGGAACAUUUAGAGAAAGAGAGCGUCAGAACGGUGAUACAAGCUUACUUGAAGCGGAACGAUCAUAACGUCAUCGGGAUAGAUUAUGGCAAAGUGGCGAAUGACACAUACCCUAAUGUAGUAAAAAACGCUUUUAACGUUGGAACUGCUCUCGCGGAAACCCUUGACAAACUGGUAGCGUUGGGCUUUGACGCAAGAAAAUUGCACGUUGUCGGACACUCCAUGGGUGCCCAAAUCGCCGGCAUCGUCGGUAGAGAAGUAAGCUUUAGGAUUCCUAGAAUUACAGGUUUGGAUCCCGCCGGCCCUCUUUUCAACAUUCUCAUGCCUCGCCUUUCGUCUUCCGACGCCAGUAUGGUGGAUAUUAUACACACGGAUUACGGCUUUUACGGUAUUGGCAGGAGCACAGGCACAGUGGACUUUUUCCCAAACAACGGUGUCCGUGUACAACCCGGCUGUCCGUUAAAUACUACUUUUUACAGCGACGAAGAUUUCUGCAGCCAUCAUCGAUCCUGGAGAUACUACGCCGAAUCCUUGACCGACGAAUCGGCCUUCUUGGGCGUGCAAUGCCCUUCACCGUUCAGCUUUAUAUCCGGCGGAUGCAAUAAUAAUACGCUGAUCGCCAUGGGCUAUGGCACUCCAAUUACAGCGAAAGGAAGUGUUUAUUUGGUGACAAGCCACCAGAGUCCUUUCGCGUUGGAGAAAGGACAUAUUAACAUCAUUUUACCAUCGUUUUGAAUUCAACCGUAAUUACAUAAAAUAACAUUACAGAAAAAAAAUAUGAUCUCUAAUAGCGAACUGGUAUAAAAAAGAAAAAUGCAUUUCAGCCUCUGCGACGUGCGUACACCAUAUUACAUACAUUAAGAAUUAAACGCAACGUCUUAUUUUAUUUCUUGUAACACACACAGCAUAAAUAAUCGCUCGUAUUA